CCGGUGGCCGUGCGGGAGACGCCGCGAGUCCGGCAGGUCGCCUUGCGACGGGGAUCCGCCAUCUUCCUUGUCAACGAGCGCCUGGCGCUGGGGCCCACCGGCAUCUCCUCCCACGAUUUCCUCUACGAUGUGGACCCCCGGCCCGCUUUGGGCACAGCCUCCAAUGUCUGCUUCGACGUGGAUGACGUGCCGGGGCUCUGCAAGCAACUGCAAAGCCGGGGAUGCUCCCUGCCGGUGCCCCCCACCGAGGUGAGGGAUGAUGGUGGCUCCGUCACCUACGGAGUGGCGAGCUCCAUCGUGGGCAACGUCAGCCAUACCCUUCUGGACAGAUCCCGCUACCGGGGACCCUUCCUGCCCGGCUUCCAGCCCAUCCAAGGAGCCCCCUUGGCCACCGGGGAUGGGAUUGCGAUCACCCACUUUGACCACAUCACAUAUGUCUGCCCGCCGGGCAGCGCCCGGGCAGCUCUGGCCUGGUACCAGUGCUGCUUCGGCUUGAACCCACAGGAGAGGCCAGCUGAGGGGUACGUGCUCGGCGGGCAGGGGGUGGGCAUGCUGCUCCUCGCGCUGCAGAGUGCCCAGGGUGCUCCGGCACAUGGCUGCAAGCUCGUCCUCGCUGAGUCCCUCUCGGAGAACGGCACCAACCAAGUCGACACCUUCCUAGAACAGCACGGUGGUGCCGGGAUCCAGCACGUCGGCCUCUGCACCACCGAUAUCGUUGCCACAACCAGGGCUUUGCAGCAGGGGGGUGCACGGUUCUUCACGCCCCCUGCUGCCUAUUACAGCCAGGGGGGCAAAGCAGAGGAGAUCCGGGGGGCUGGGCAGGACCCCCAGACGCUGGCAGAGCUGGGCAUCCUGCUAGACACCACAGCAGCCAGGGACAAGGGCCAGCCGGGUGCUGAUGCCACAGAGAGCCCUUCCCAGGAGUAUUUGAUGCAGAUCUUCACCCAUCCCAUCUUCUCCGAGGACACCUUCUUUCUGGAGCUCAUUGACCGUCGGGGAGCACCAGGCUUCGGGGAAGGCAAUAUACGGGCACUGUGGAAAGCUGUGCAGGUCUAUAUGGACCAGCAGCAGUAG